GGUCGACACUAACUUUGACGGCGUUGGCUCAGGAAGCCACGAGGAAGAAUGGCAUGAACAAGAAAGAAAAUAUUUUCCAGGAAGCCAGCUCAACCUGUGUUUCGUUUUUGUUUUGUCUUCAUUUUUCUGCCGAAUUGAUGGCCCUUUAUCAUCAGCGUAGUUAUCGGGAACCGCUGUAUAUCUUCAUUUUCUUCAUUUGUUUACGUAUGUGGGAUUUCUGAGUGAGUAACAUUGGCGAAAUUUGACAGGCGGACAGCGGACGUUAGCUAGCAUAGUAACAUUGGGCUAAUAACAGCAGGCCUGAAGGCCAUCUGUUCAUUGUCUGUCCGUCAUUUGUCUAUCCUGGGUCUGUCGAGUUCAUUUAAAGCUGUAAAACGUUGGAGGAUCAUCGGCUGUCGUCCAUUUCCUCGUUGGCCUUUCAAGCGAAACAUUUCGCUAAGCGCUGUAUAAGUCGACGUCUUGUCACUAGCCGGGCGGCUUCACAACAGGAUACGGGGGGACGAUGUAUGCACCGCCGGGCUCCUCUGUUCCUGGAGGCCGGAGGAGGAGAGGGGGCACCUCUCUGCCCAAGCAGCCGGAGCGCAGCCUGGCGUCCGCACUGCCCGGAGCCCUGUCCAUCACGGCCCUCUGCACGGCGCUGGCCGAGCCGGCCUGGCUCCGGGUUCACGGCGGUACGUGUCCCAGACAGGAGCUGGGGGUGGCGGACGUCCUGGGGUACAUAGACCCCAAGCUUCUCGACGACUACUGUGUGAACCCCCAGACCAUCCUGCUGCUGAGGGUGAUCGCUGCCUUCUGCUUCCUGGGCAUCCUGUGCAGUCUGACUGCCUUCCUCCUGGAUGUGUUUGGACCCAAGCACCCUGCGCUCAAGAUCACACGCAGAUAUGCGUUUGCCCACAUUCUCACAGUGCUGCAGUGUGCCACUGUGAUCGGUUUCUGCUACUGGGCCUCGGAGCUCAUUCUGUCACUACAGCAGCAGCAUAAAAAGUACCAUGGCUCCCUCAUAUACGUCACGUUUGCCAUCAGCUUUUACCUGGUGGCAGGGGCCGGUGGAGCGUCGAUCCUCGCCACAGCUGCGAAUCUCCUACGCCACUACCCCACUGAGGAGGAGGAGCAGGCCUUAGAGCUGCUGUCAGAGAUGGAGGAGAGCAGUGAAACCUAUCCUGCUGAUUAUGACAUUGCCAAUCAGUUUCAGCCACCGCCUGCCUACACGCCCUAAUCUAAGCAGACUGGCCUUGUUAAACAGAGGCUUCUCUAUGAGCACUGCUAUCGGCUUUAUCAGCAAACCCACUCUCUGUCAAGUGGAUAUCUUCGCAAAUACUCUCCAUAAUGAACACAGUGUGCACAAUGAACGCACAUCUUCUUUGAUUGUCAGUUCUUGGGUGCAUGAGAGCUGUCUUUAGUGGUGGCAGAAAUUUGGGAGUUGUUUCUUACUUUCACCACUGAAGCUUUUAGUGAUUUGCAUGUAAAUGGCAUUUAGGAUUUGGUCCUUACAUGUAAAGCAAACAAAACUAUAUGGAGUGCUGUUUGAACAUGGCUCAUUGCAGAUAAUUGAUGGAAUGCAGCCUGAUCAAUGCCAAAUUAGGAAGCUGGGCUGUCGGCUGUGUGUCACAGCAGUGGUAUUGCUCCUGGUUGGAUGUGGAUGGAACAUCAUUAGGUAUAAUUUUGAAUUGAUUUUUGAUAUGCUUGCCAUGUGUACAUGGUUUUAUUUUACUGAAACAUGAAUAAUGUAGAAAUACACUGACAAGAUUGUUUAGGCAUUUCUUUUUUUUUUUCAUCAUUAUAUCAAAUGGACCUUUAUUUAUUAACUGGUUGUCCUUAGUGCUGUGUGUCUUUUCCUUCCUUCGCUGUGCAGACAUUUUUUUUUUGUCACUGUUUUAGUCUUAUUUAAUCACACCUGUAUUUGAGAUGACCCGAGAUCAAAACCUGUUGAUGAGAGACAGGUCAUUGUGUGAUAAAAGGAUCGUGGCAUGCCUUGUGUCUUUCGCUACAGUACAAGAAAGUCGACAUUCAUGAGAAAAAUCGAGGAAACAGGCUUUUUGUGCUUUAUUAUGGCGUUAAGGGCAACAUUAAGUAGUAGAAACUUCACCACAUCAGUUGGUCAUGUCACAUUUUUGUGUUUGAGUUACAAACUUUAUUUGUACUCUGUGAUUACCAUAUGUGACAGUUCAAUAUGUGUUUUCUAUGCAUGACUAUCCCAUUUUAAACCUUUGGGCUGAAUCCUGUGAGACCAUCUCAUGUCAGGUGCCAGCCAAAGCUUAAAGUUGUAAUUGACAGUGUAGUAAUUGUAGUUGGUCAUAUAUUCUGUUUACAACAUUUCUGCAUUUUGUUUCUCAAAUUGUUGCUAUACCUUUUUUUUUUCAAUAUGUAAAUAUUGACUGUUUAUACAUAACAGUGGUCAUAAUAAAAAUGAAUGCUCA